AUUAUUUCUCCGCCUACAAGUCCACGUGAUGUAACAUGUUGUAAUGUACUCUCUUCGUUCAAUGUCAAGAGCCCGUGCUGCUCCUAGUAGUACGAGUAAAAGACCAAAGGAGACCCAAAAGGAUGAAGAAGAGGAGGAGGAAGAUGAUAACAAAGUGGUAAAGACCGUUAUUAGGAAAAAGAGAGUCAGUGAUCCUCCUCCUGUGAAGAGAGAAAAGCCAGAAGAGAGACACACGGGUGGUCAGAUAAGGGAAGCUGGUUUGCCUUAUUGGGAGCCUCUCAAUUGGAGAGAGCAGUUUGAGAAUAUUAAGAUAAUGAGGUCCUCUCGUGAUGCACCAGUGGAUGACGUAGGAGCAGCUUCACUCCCGGAAUCUAAACUACCUCAUGUAAAACGUUUUGAGGUUCUUGUGUCUCUUAUGCUUUCCAGUCAGACUAAGGAUGGUGUCACAGCUAAAGCAAUGUCUAAUCUCCAAGAGUACGGGCUCACCAUUGAAGGAUUGAUAGACAUCAAGCAAGACAAACUGGAACAGCUUAUAUUUCCAGUCGGAUUCUACAGAAGAAAAGCACAAUAUCUAAAGAAGACUGCUCAGAUUUUAAAGGAAAAGCAUAACGGUGAUAUACCGGAGUCUCUUGAAGGACUUAUGGCACUCCCUGGCGUUGGACCAAAGAUGGCUCACCUAUGUAUGGACAUAGCAUGGGGAAAUGUGACUGGAAUUGGUGUAGAUACACACGUACACAGAAUUGCAAAUCGUUUGAAGUGGGUCAAAAAACCAACCAAGACCCCGGAGGAUACAAGAAAGGGACUGGAGGAGUGGCUGCCUCAGUCUGAAUGGAGCUCUGCUAAUUUGCUUCUGGUCGGUUUUGGUCAACAGAUUUGUCUCCCACUACGCCCGAAAUGCAGUGAAUGUCUAAACAAGUCGAUAUGUCCUUCAAGUCUCUCUAAAAAAUAAUCAUGUUAACUGCUCAUCAGUAAUAACCAAUUAUUGCUUAAUACCAAUUAUGACACUAGCCAUGCAUUAUUUCUACAUAGAUAAAAAGUAAUCAUUUGUAAAAAGUAAUCAUUAUUA